AUGAGUGUCGGGCUCCGCCUAACAUUAAUCAUUAAUCAAGAUCGCCCUGAUGCCUACGUCACUGCAUUCAACGGUGCGGUUUGGGGCCUUAGCCAUGGAUUUGGUGAAGUCAAAUGCGUCAGACAAGCCGAAAACAAAUUUGCGGUGGCAAAAGACCUUGUCCGUCUGCGGUAG